GGUAACGAUUCUUGGGAAAGCUUAAUAUCCCGUUUGAUUUGCGAAUAAGAUAUGCUCCACCGAUACUACAUAUGUUAAAAUGUUUACCUUGGAUAUACACGUUAAAAGACUUAUAUAAAAGGUAUAUUGGCUAUAAUGUAUUAUAAGUAUAAGACGGUGCAAACUAUGAAAUAGGUUUCAAUUUUCUCACAUAGGAUCCUGUUUAUUCUAUUAGGAGGAUCACAUAAACUAUUCCUUCAUACAACAAUAAACACGUGCAUCUGGAAAAUAUCACAUCAGAAUCAAGAUGGGCCUUCGAGGUAUUGGCAGCUUCAUUAAGUACUCUAUGUUCCUCUUCAACGCAAUCAUUUUGGUAGCUGGCUGUGCUCUUGUCGGUUUUGGAAUAUACACAAAGACCAGUUCUGCGGGCGUUACGAAAUUCUCUUCCAUUUUGGGUUCGAACCUUCUGCCAACAAUAUCCCUAGUGCUGAUUAUAACCGGAGCCGUGAUAAUCCUGCUGUCAUUUCUAGGAUGCUGCGGGGCCAUCAAAGAAGUAAAAUGUAUGCUGCUAAUGUUUUUCUUUUUGCUGCUCCUAAUAUUUCUGGCGUUUUUGGUCGGUGGGAUUCUUCUCUACGCAUUUCAAGACAAGAUUGAGGAUACCACUUUGAAUCAACUUAGACACCAGCUGCUCGAGUCGUAUGGUACUGAUGGUGAGGAAUCGGUAACUGAAGCCUGGGAUUCUAUGCAAAAACUUUUCAAGUGUUGUGGAGUCAGCGGAGAUGUCAAUUCAUCGGAUUCUUGGGCUAUAUACAAACUUGCAUCCGCAUGGUUUGCAGGUCAGUCAGUCAUGACAGCACAGCAGACCGAGUAUGUUCCAGUCAGUUGUUGCAAAGAUCCCGAGAACACACCUAACGUUACCAAAUGUCAGGGUGUUGUGGAUAAACGCAGUAUCCCAGUCAUUGGACCUCCAGUAAUUGACAAAAAUCAACUUAAUGACCAGUUGUAUACAGAGGGUUGCUACACGUCAUUACGUAACAUGAUAACAGGCAAUUUGAAUGUUCUGAUCGGCGUUGGUGUUGGUAUUGCUGUUGCUAUGAUCCUAGGAAUGGUAUUUUCAAUUUGUUUGUGCAGAAAAAUAAAAAACGAUGAUGACUAUUACGAUGAAUGUGAUUGAUGUCAGUUCAAAAGCUCGAAUGAAAAAGGAUUGAUGCAUAAGUCUAACAUUGUUAUGUAUGAUGUUUAUACCAUUUAUGUCUACUGAGAACGAUUUGCAUAUCUUUUACAUUUAUGUUUUUUUCAAAAGCGUUGAUGCAUUUCAAAAAGAUUCAAAGGGAAAACAUUUCCUCUUACAUUUAAAAUAUGUCAUCGAAAAGUAAUCAUGUAAAUAGAGAAACAGACGUUAUUCACUUGUCUGUGUCAGUGUAUAAAGACGUAAUAAAGCUGGAAAUUGUGUUCAACAAGUUAAAACAUAGCAAAAGUUCCUUCUAGUGCAUAUCUAUUUAAAUAUAAAAUGAUCAUCUUGUAAAAUUUUGGUUGCAAUGUCUGUUUUAUACUGCCAAAAAAUUUCAAGUAAGUAUUUACGCUAGUUAUUUAACAUAAAUUGUUAAAUCCAACAACAAAUUAAAUCUGUUACCACUUUCAGUAGAGUAAAUACGGCAAUAAGACAUUGACCCGGUUAAUCAUUUACGAUUCGAUGCGUGAAUUUGUUGCGCAUAAUAAGAGGGUCGCAAUAGGGUUUGUUUUCACAUAUUAACUAUGCAUUUCAAGGUAACGAUAAUGUUUAGUUGUUUACAUUUAAAUUUGCUGAUAUAUGUCUAUCUGGUCGACUGAAUGUAUGUUUUUUUCCUCAAGAAUGGAGGAAAUAACAUCCUCGGGUUUAGUAAUAUGUAAUCCACGGAACGCGUUCAGUCAGAGAGUCGCCUCAAUUAGGAAAGAAUAGUCUAACGUCAGAGGUUAUUUCUAAGGUCACGGAGUUUUAUUGGCCAGCUUGUAAUGAUAACAGCUUUCGGUAUCAGUAGCUCAGUCAAGUGUGACUUAUUGAGCUAUAAUAUUCCUUCUCAAGAGAAGGAAUAACAACGCCAGUAUGCAAUGCAAGUACAAUGUGACCAUGUGCAUUACUUAUAAAAUAUUCAUUCUGCUGUUUUGGACCAAUUUAAAUGCAUUACAUACACAAUGAUUGUUACACGUACAUGUGUGUUUAUGGUAUACAGUCUUGAAAAAGAUAAGAGAAGAAAACAGGGGACUGCCUGAAAAACAUUAUCGACCUAUUACAUUCUGUCGAUUUAUCAAGGUGUGACGCUUACAUGCGUACGCUUUUCUUAAAUGUCUGAGAUAGCAGCUAUCAUGAGCGUGAAUAACACGGUAAGGUAUAAUAAAUAACAAGAUCUUUUCACUGUUGUAAUGAUAUUAAGGACGGCACUUUCCGCGGGAUUGCACGGGCAAUCUAAAGUUAUUUACAAAAAAAACGGGAACACAAUGGCGUAGUUCGAAAAAUUCUUUUAAAAUUGGUCGCCAUAAUUUCAAAAAAGUUAUAGCGAAAACUAAUUUUUUUUCUGACGGUAAAGAAAAAUAUGAACCGACACGACAAUAUGUUUUUUCAUUGGAUUUAAGAUAAUUUGAAUUAAAACCAGGAUCUGUUGUUUUUUUGUUUGUUUUAUUGUUUUUUUUUUCAUCGCAAGGCGAAUUACAAUUGAAUAUGUGUGUGUGUUCGGGUUUAAAGUCUUUUUUAACAAUUUUUCAGUCAUAUAAACGACGGUGUCUACAUGUAGCAGUGAGCACAAUGCCCAACUUUCUAGUGCUGCAUCACUGGAAUAUCACACCGUAGACACGUGACAUGACAACCCACCCAGUCACAUUAUACUGACACCGGGCUGACCAGUCCUAGCACUACCCUCUUAAUGCUUAGCGCCAAGCGAGGAAGCUGCUAGUACCAUUUUUACGUCUUUGGUAUGACGCGGCCGGGGAUCGAACCCACGACCUCCCGCAUUCGAAGCGGACGCUCAACCACUAGGCUACCAAGGCGGUUGAAUAUGGGCGAGUUUUUUGGCUGUUCAAAGUUCGUGAUCCUUACAUUUAUUUUAAUAUUUUAUUAGUCAUAGAAAGCAAACCACUUAUUUUUGUAGCAAGCUAUUGAAAAAAGUAUAAAUAUAAGAUUUGAAUCUUUAAUGCGUUUAUACGGGUAUAAACAACAUUGGGACUCCUUGCGAAUAUUCCAAGCAUCAGUAGCGCACUUCAUGGAUUUGCAAGAAGUCACAGUGUAGUUUUUAUCGGUAUAAAUGCAUAAAAUAACAUUCAGUUCUUAACUAACGGUAGGGCUACCAGGCAUAUUGGAUCACACUUUCGUGGACUUCACUUAGUAAUGGGUUUUUAAAGAAACCGCAAAAAAAUCUAUUAACAUAUCAUAGCUCUCUUGUGCGAAUUGUUCUUGAAAAAGUGGUUGUUGCCACAAGAUAGGUUAUGAAUAUUAUAUUCACUAUGCAUUGUGUGUAGCAAAAAAAAAUUUUUUUUUUCGUAUGAAUAGUAUUUGUGCUAUGAUAUUAAUGAACUUCUUUUCUCUCUGGUAGAUUGCACGGACGGUUUGACGUGGUCCACACAAUCGCAUCAACAAAUGAUGUCGUUCGAAAUAAUCUUUCAAAAUCGGCAACUAAUAUGUCAAAACUUACAUUCAAUAUUAUGGCUCAAACUAAUUUUCUGACGGUAAAGAUUAAAAUUGAAUCGACACCAGAUGAUUUUUAUUUGAUUUGAUUAAAUAUUUUGAUAAAAAAAUUAAAAUUCCUAUCGGAAGGUGAUUUGUAAUUAGACGUCGAUGUAUAGAUUUUUGCAGUUCUAUCUAGAGGUUGUAAGGGUCGGUAUUAGGAACUUUAUUAUGAUUUUCUUAUGUGAAAAAAAAAACAACUUCUGUUUAACACAAGCUACUGUAAAAUUGUAAAUGUAAGGAUUCAUGAGCAUUGUUUGUGCAUUUAGGUAUGUAUUGACCACACUGGGAUAUGUACAAAUGCUAGUGCAAUUGAUGGAUUUGCCAGAUAUACCAAUGAUUUACACCUGCAUAAAGCACAAAGAUAACAUUAAUUAAUUAAUUGUCAAGGGACAAUCCGUCACCAAUCUUAAGCAAAGAUGAACAUACAACGAAACAAAUUGUAUGCUACACCAUGUAUUUGAUGACUGUAACAAUUGUUUCUGUAUGCCCAUUUGUAAGCAAAUAUCACUUUUUGAUCAUCAAAUUUAUUUUCUUUGUUACGUUUUGUUCGCUUUACAUUAUUAAUCCAUUUUGUAAAUUGUUUUAGUUUUAAUUAUUCCUACAUUUAUUUAUGGCAUGUCCAAUUUCAUUCUCAUUGUAUAUAACGUAAUUCUCAGCUUUCAUAUAUACAAACUAGAAUAAAUGGAUGGGAUCAAAUGAA